CCUCCCAAACGAGUGAACCAGAGGUGACGUAUCCUGCUUGUUCGUUCUCCAACCUUGGGGCUACAAAGUGUUACAGUGUUGUGAAAGUUGUAACCUGGUUUGGGGUGGGUGAGAAUUGGAAAAUUGGCAAAUCAAUCAAAACUUGCUCCACAUCUUUGAAAAGUUUGAAACCGAAAAUAAUUCGAUUCCAAACGUGAAUCAGUGUACUAGAAACCCACUUGGCACCCGAAGGGGCCCAUUUCAAUGUGAGUGUUUUUGGUCCAUUGUGAGGCAGCUUCCUCUGUGUCUCCAUGAUACCUCUAGUUUUGCUUGUUUUUGGAGGGCGAUGUAAAGUCUCCCAGGAUAUCCCUGGAAAACGGGACUGGGAACAACCGUAACUAGCGCCCGAGCAAAGCGAACAAGUGGGAGGCGAUGUGAAAAGCGGACAGGCGAACCUACACCACCAGUGCACAGAAGAACAUCCUUGCCAAGGCUGUGUGAACACAGUGAAAGACAACCUGAUUGAACAGUAUCCAAACACGUCUCUGACGGGUCGUCGUGGUUGGGGUGGCGAAAUUGGGAUUUAGCGCGGACAGACGUGAAUUGAAUUGCGAAGUGGGGAAAGUGCGCUGCGAAUGGGAUCGAUAAUUUUAGAUUAAAACAAAAUGUUUCAUCAAAUGACGAAAGUUUGGUGGGAAGUGGUGACAAAGUGCUAAUCGAAUACGCAAACCAAUUGUCGCUGGAAAACAGAGCGUGUGCAAUCAUUAUCCCGAUCGUACCCCUUCCAGCCCCUGCGCAGCAAUGAGUAACGAACCAUUCACCACCGCCCGCUGUGAUCACCACCAUCGCCCCGGCCGUACCACCGCAGACAUCCUCCGAUGGACCGGUCCGGACCGGAUGUCGCCGGUGGCUCCUACUGCCCGUACAGCACCGACUCAAGCUCGUCGGCGCAGUCCUACAUGCGACCGUUUGACACUGUAAGGGCGCUGUACGAGACGGUGGUAUCGCUGAGGACGGCACUCGAGGAAGCCCACCGCAGGGAGGACCAGCUGCGCCAGCAGAUCAGUGUUCGGGAAGCCAUCGACGAGGGUAAGGCCUACCAGGGCACCGGCACCAGUGCCAGUGUACCCCACAUUUUGGAGACCAGCGUUGAAGGGGAGGAAGAAGCCACAGCUCGAGAAAAGUCCAAGGCGAAGCGGUUGAAGAAGCGUAAGGUUAAGGUUCCUGUGGAAGAAAGCAGCGAACGGAAGGAAGCUCCCGAAGUUGCCCCGAGCACAGCACCUGCAACGGAAGAGAAAGCGGAAUCACCUCGAAAGAAACACUCAUCGAAAGAGGGCUCGCACCAGAGAGUGUCUGUGUUGCCUGACAUACAGAUUGUUUCACAUCCAGCGUCGAGUCAUUCCGCAAUGGCGUCCAGGAUUGACGUGAAGAUUAAGGUAUCAUCGAAUAUCAACGUGGAAGGUAGCAGUUCCGAGACGGAAACUUCCGAGACCAGUAAAGAUGACGGAGGUGAGAAGGAGCAGAAUGCUUCAGAGACUCCCGAGGAUGAGGAAAAAACAAUCGCCGAGGAGCAGGAAGGGGCAACGGAGAAUGUUACGAUCCGAGAAGAAUUCAUCAAGGGAGACUCAUCUGGCUUGAAGAUCAACUUGACCAACGAGGAAAAUCUGAGCGUGGUGAAGUCAACCGAAGGAAUCAACAUCAGGCAGACUUCGUCGGAAAAUCUUCACGUCGAUGUGGAUCGACAAAGCAAUCCCUCUAUAUCGGAGGGGGAUAACUCGGUCUUCACGGAAGAUGCAACCACACCGGUCGAUCUGGACAAGGACGAAGCGACUGGCUACGCUGCGCCAGCGCCCAAGAAGUCAGUAAAGAAAAGUGAAUCGGAGAAUCAGGAUGAGGUGGACGAUAUUGAGCUGAUCUUCUCUUCGGAUGAUAACAAGGAAAUUAUCCAAGAAGAUCUGGUGUCGAUUUCGGACUACGAACCUUGGCAGGAAGCGGGUCAAUCGGGGACACCGGUGUUGACGAAUUUCAAAAACAUCCCAUCGGAUCAAGAUUCCAGCAAAAAGGGUCCGAUCGAACGCAGCGAUAGUGACAUUGUGGAUGGCGACGGGUCACCGAAAAAUCUCUUCAAAGAGAAGAGUCUGGGGAGUCAGCAUUCGCUGGGUGCCGAUAAUAUGAAGAAAAGUUUAGAUUUCAGUACAAAAUCAUCGAGCUUGGAGAAGGAUUCUAGCCUUGAUUACGGAACGGGGGAAGUGAAGCGGGAUGACAGUUUUGAUAUUGGUGCUAGCUAUGGAACGAGUGCUUUAGGAAAACGAUGGACUAAUUAUAAUGUGUUGAUCGAAACGGACAUUUCCAAGUGUGGAAUUGCGGAGGAUAACAUAUUGGAGAUGGGAAGAAGAAACACGUGCCCGAAUCCACCGGCAUAUAGGCCUAUUAUUCACAGCAGCUCACGCUCUCCGGCGGCUGCCUCCAACAGAAGUCCACUGGCGGUUAAAUUCUCAAGAAGUCCCAGAACAUACUCACCCCAUCAGUAUCUUCCGCCAGGGAAAACGCUACGAUGUGUAACGGCGGCCGAGAACCGAUCCAUGACGACCGAAGAUGCCAAACGUUCCCGAGCGGCCCAAACCGACAUCACGGCCCUCUCGCAGCAGUGGCGCUCGGAAACGCACCUUUCCGAGUCGGAAUUCGGCUCUGGUUUGUAUACGCUGCCAUCGAAGUUCGUUCCUCCGCCACUGACUGGCAGCCGUAAAUAUUCGCUACGACCAUCGGAUAAGACCCAAGAGGCGCGCCGAGUGCUGUUGAGCGAUAUCAACUUCACCAGCAUGGUGCCCGAGCUAUCGCGUUCGGCCGAUCAUCUCUGCCAGCAUCAGCAAGAGGAGAACAACGAAAACCGCUCACCCAACUACUGCAAGGGUAACCUGCUGAAGACCCCGGAGGCGGUCAAGGGCAUCCCUCCCAGCUACAGCAUGAACUCUCCGGGGGUCUCCCAGUGGACCGUAAACGAGAGUAGCAUCGCCACCCAGACGACGCAAACCGAAGCCUACUGGGCGGACCGGGGCGAUUCGUUCGACUCUUCCAAAAGCUACUCGCUGGGAUCACGCAAUUCAACGCUCAGCAAACACCACCGCUCCCGGAGUGUGCCCUCGAUGAGAUGUGCCAUCUGCCGACAGAGCCACCAAUCGACGAUUCUUCGCCCAUCGGAGAGUAUGCAUUACACCCCGAGGGUAACCUUCCAGGAACCAUCGCACAAGAUCCGUGGAUCGCUGCCCGACCUCAGGCAUGACUGUAACUGUCCGCGGAGGUACGGGGGACCUUCGUUGUACAGAAUCCACGGGGAUUCCGGUGGAUCGACCGAUAGCUUGCUUGAGGAGGCGGAAGACUUUCUGAGGCGUUCCAUCGAGGGGAACAUCAUGCUGGAAGAUGCCGGAGGUCACUGUGAACCUCCGUUGCCGCCACCACCACUGCCACCGCCACAUGCGGUCGCAACGGCCAAACAUCGCAGAUGUUCGGAGAAUGAUAUUCAAAGAGAUUACAUUCCUUCGAAACACGCGCUGCCCUUUCUGCCAAAGACCGCCAAAUGUCUCAAGCCUGGUCACCUGGCGAAAGUGAUAGCUCGAAAUGGUCGUGUUGUGGUUGGUCGGGUGCGCUACAUUGGCCCGCUGGCGGGCAACAGUGGUGACCCAGAUGAAUACUUUGUUGGCCUACAGCUACCCAACAAUCUGGGCGAUUGUGACGGAUCGAUUGAUGGAAGGAAGUUUUUCGAUUGCGAACCACAGCACGGAAUAUUCGUCCCGUUCAAGAAGGUCGUCAUGGCAUGGAAUUCCUAAAACGUUUAUGAGGAGAGAGCGAGAAGUAGGAAGGAAUCGGUCGGCACGAGACAUCAUCCUUUGGAGCAUCCAGUUCGAGAUAGUACACUCGAUAGGAAAAAGCAAAUAGCAUCUCCUCCCAGUCAGCUACACGUAAUGUGAUGGAGAGGAAAACCAGGAUGAACAGAAGGAAGAACGGCUUUAUAUGACGUUCUCAAGGAGCAGCUGCACCCGUUUCUUUUGCGUCUCCCCCGAAUUCGGGUUUUGCUUGCAGCCCCUAUUGGAAUACAGUAAUUUGAUUGGGGGUGGUGUACCCGGAAAAAGGCACAUCAUUAGAAUGAGUUUGUUUUCGUGAAGAAAUUGGAAGAAUCUUCUCCUGUAGCACUGUGAUGGGCAAUUAAAUGGUGGCAAAAUCGUUCACUGGAAAGGCACAAACUUAAUGAAUAUUGAUGGGAGAGUGGAGCGUUUGUUUGUGACGAGCCAAUUAGUGUAACAUUGGUGCUUGAGAAUGACAAACUCCCACCCCUGAAUCUCCCCGACAUGAAUCAAAAAUUGAAGACUGGCUCAAGUAAAUUACCGUACUCAUUCAGGUACUUGUCUAGUUGGUCUCUAGUCAACCCAACAAACUAACCCAAUAUGUGUGAGCGGCGCGGUGAACAAACCAAUGCUAGCCUAAGAGCAAUUCCAAAUGAAAUCGACAAAUGACAAAACAUUUUUGAUUGGAAUGAAAGUUUGUACUCCGUUUGGGUUGGAGGAAAUAUGAGUUUUGAACAGCAUUUGGGAUUUUUUUUUGACUCAAGUGGGUGGUGGAAAUGGAACUUUUUUCCCUUUUUUUUCCCCAAAAAUGACUUUGUUCAAAAAUUCAUAACCUCUGAACUAUUAAACUGAUUCAGAUGAUCAGCAUAUCAAAUUGAAGCCAAUAAGGCAUUUCUUAUCACAUCAAAUUUGUGGAAAAAAUGAUCUUAGUUGCAGAGAUCUAGUCUAGUCGCAUAGGAAUAUUGAACGAAGACUGAAAAAUCAUAACUGGAAAACAAAAACCAACACAUUUCUGAAUUUUUGAUACGUUACGAAAAAAAACUUCAGCUUUCAAGGAGAAAUAUGAAAAUAAAAAGCGCCCUUGGCCCGAGAUAAAUCUAUAAACUAUAAAAAAAAACAAAUGAAGGGCUUAGGAUGAAAGGAGUGUAAGUGAUUUGAUCGAUUUCUCUACAUCGAUUCUCUCUUCUGGACAUAACUUAGCUGCAAAUACAUUCCCAGUUGUAUUUGACAAUGUGAAAGAUAGGUCAGAACCUCAUCUAUCGGAUUCUAUAGCGAACUUAAAUUGGAACUUUUUUGCAGUUGAGUUAUUAACUAAAGAAAAAGUUGAUGAAGAGAAUUCGAUCAAGUCUCUUACACCCCUUGCAUUCUAAGGCCUUCUAACACAAUCAACAAGUACGAAAACAAAAUCAUGUUUUUUUUUCAAGCGUAAUAUUUUUCAAAAAGGACUGGCUUAUUUGAUAUGUCGAUCUGUAUCGGUUUAGUAGUUCAAAAGUUAUGAAUUUUUGAAGAAAGUCAUUUUCGGGAAAAAGAGGUAAAAAUUGAUUUUUCGAACCACUCUAAAAUGGAAAUGGGCAAUCUAAUAAAAAAAAUACGAGUCUAAUCUGUUGCGAUAAGGAACAGAACUACCAAUUUUAUAUACAUUUGCUGUAUAGACAAAAGUAUUUUAUGUAACAUGAAGUUGUAUAUUGAUUAUUAUUUAUUUUCAGAGACUGUUGUUUUUUUUUGUACAAAUAUAUGUACUUGUCAUGUAUGUAUUUUUGAUUUAAAUGAAACGAAAAGAUAAAGUGCAUUUUGAAUGAUAAACCAGGUUACAUAUUUGAUUAAUUUGGAACCAAUCCGAUUGAAUUCGUAUGAAUUUGUAUUAGAAUAAUUGUUUCCUUAUACGGCUUUUCGCUUUGCGGCCAAUUUUCGUGGAACGAAUCUAGGCCGUAAAGCGAGGUAUGGGUGUACACUAUGGUGAAUGCAAUUUGAAGACAUUUGGCAUCAACAAUUUUUUUUCGAAAACCCCAAUUUCCUUUACUCCCCCCUUGGGUGAUUUUUCGAUUUUCAAAAAACUCAAACUUUGGCCGCUUUGCGCCACUCUCCCUUGAUUCCGAUUGAGCUAAUAUUUGGCAUAGGGUUUUUUUUCGAGGUGGUGUACACUGAGAAAAAAACUCUUUUUUUAUUUACAAAAAAAAAAUUUUAAUUUGCAAUAUCUAGAAGAUAUAUUUUUUUUAUUUUUUCAUAUAAAAUAUAAGUCAUGUAAAAAAUUGUAUGUUAACAAUCAUUUUUAGCCACAAAUUAUAAAUCCUGAUGUGAUUUAAAACAAAAAAAAACAAAACAAAGAACAAAAAAAUAUUUCUAAUUUAUUGUCUUUUCUAUAGUAAACUAGCUGACCCGGCAAACUUCGUCCCGCCAAAAAUUUAUUUUACGUUAUCACAUUCACGUUUUAUUACUAAGCGCACGUUCCUGGGUCCAAUCGCAGAACUCUUCAUUGAUUGAUCUUCUAAUUUACCCUUUUACUAUAAAGUUCCUAGUACUUCUUCCAUAACUCGUCAUUAUAAUAUGAAAUUAUUUACAGACACAAUUCUCGUUCAAGAUUUUUCAACCACUUGCAAAUAACAUGUUUCUCCGUUACAUGGAAUAAAUGUUUGAAACAGAAAUUAUGAUAGAAUAAAGACCCAAAAUUGGACAAUUCCUUGCUCUUAUCAACACAUUCGGCGAUCCAUUUUUUGUGUAUAGAUAGAAGAAGAUAUAGGAGUGCGUUUUAUCACAUUAAAAUCCAUUUCCACUUUCGAACAAAAAUCAAUUUCGUUAGCGCAAACAUCAAAUGGACUAACAACGCUUGUCACUAUGUAAUCGUAGAACAUAUGGAUGCUUCAAUUGCCAAAUCGAUUAACUCCAUAAAACAGGAUGUUGAGAAAAAUGAUAAAAUAUUAAAUGUUUUAUUAUUAUUUAUUAUUCAAUGCCUAAAAAGAUUUUGUCAUUUAGUGCUGUUGAUACUUAUUAUUAACAAAAUUUGCCUUUAAUAUAUACAGUUGGGGGCUAAUCAAGUGCUUUGAUACUAAAAUUUAAUAAUAUUCAAAAAAUGGAAUUUAAUCCAUUUGACAAGUGAAGCUUCCAUAUAAGAAUUGAAUUUUCCGAAUUUUCCCAUUUCCCGUCAAAGUUCUAUGGAAAUUUGCAAUUGUCAUGUUUGGUUGGAAUAUGUAUAUUAUUUUUACGGGACCCCCUCUUCAUUUCAGAAGAGGCAGAGCUGUCAUACCAUCAUAGAAACAUUUCUCGUAUCCAAAAACCCUCACAUCCCAAAUCUGGCCCCAUUUACUCGAUUAGUUCUCGAGUUAUGUAGAAGUUUGUGUUUCAUUUGUAUGGCAGCUCCUUGCCUUUAGAGAGGGGGAAGGAUUGCCAAACUACCACAGGAACAUGUAUUGCCCCCUAAAACCUCCACAUGCCAAAUUUGGUUCUAUUUGCUUGUUGACUGAAGAACUACAGUUAUGCAGAAAUGUAUGCUUCAUUUGUACGGCAGCCCCCCUCUUAGAGAGGGGGAGGAAUGUGUAUUCACCAUAGAAACGUUUUGUGCCCCCUAAAACCUUCACAUGCCAAAUUUGGGUCCAUUUGAUUGAUUAGUUUUCGCGUUAUGCAGAAAUUUGUGUUUCAUUUGUAUGGCAGCCCCCCCUUAGAAAAGGGGGGAGGGGUCUCGAAAAAUCAUAAAAACCUUCCCCGGCCCCAAAAACCCCUACAUACUAAUUUUCAUGUUGAUCGGUUGAAACUUUUGAAAACAUGUGUGUUAAUACAAAACGUAGCGAUAAUGUUUUUCAACGUAACUCCUAAACACAUAAUUUUACCAUAAUGAUGUUUUUGGAAAAGUUGUUGAAAAUUAUUAGUAAAUUCGUAAAAUUCCAUGAACAAACAUACUAAAAGAGCCCGUUUACUAUAAGAAAGACUAUAAAUUAGAAAUAUUUUUUUAGAUAUUUCGAGAAUGGCUGCAUUUAGAAGGAGAUUGAUAAAGAGCUUUUUUGUUUUGAAUCACAUCAGAAUUCAUAAUUUGUGGUCAAAAAUGAUUGUUAACAUACAAAAGUUCCAAGUUUCGAAAAUUCAUAAAAAUUCGAUGUUCCACAAAGUUUGUAAAAGGAGUUUUACCAUCUUGGACCCAUUUUUUCAAUUUUCUACAUGACUUCUAUUUUCUAUGGAAAAAAAAUGAUUUAAAAUAUGUAUUUUAGAUAUCGCAAAUUAAAGUUUUUUUUUUCAGUGUAUAUUUUUUCACAUUUUAACAUCAAUACUAUAUAACUCUUUAACUACUUUAAUAACUUUUACACUAUUUCGACACGACGCAUAGCUUUUGAGAUAUAAAUUAUCAAGGAUUUCUCAUACUAAAAUCGAUACGCCCUUUUCAAAAGUUAUACUUAAGUCAAAAAACUCCCAACUGCUGUGGAAAACUCAUGUUUCCUCCAUUCCAAACGGAAUACAAACUUUCGUUCGAAUAAAAAAAAAAGUUUUUAAAAUAGGCCUGUUUAGCUCGAUUUCUUUUGGAGUUGCACCUAAAGUAAACGUAACCAAUAUCCUAGCUGUUGAAUAUUCUAGUUACAAUGCACAAAUAUACCUGUUGCAAAUAUAUGUGUAUAAAAGGGAUAGCAAACCAAGAAGGAACUCCUGCUCUCGUUGAAACCUCAAAAGCGCAGAAUAUUUUUGAUAUAAAUGUUUGUAGCAAACUUACCGCCAUUAGUAGCAUGAAGUGUGGUUUGAAUAUUUGUUAUUCUCGACAGAUCUCCUUCGAGCUUCGAGCUUGUUUUCUAUUGACCACAGGAACAUACUCCCAAUGCCACAGGACCACAAUAACAGAUACAACUUGAUCACAUCCCCCUAGAGAGAGAGAGAGAGAGCCUUCGAUCAAUAGAGGAAAUAAACAAAAGCUCCGCACGCCCCCGCAACACACGCUAGUCUACUGAAGCAACAACAAAAAAAAAUCAAAAGCAAAGUAUUGUUGUGAAAUAAGUGUAAAACAUUAUUACUGAACGUGUAUCAUAUACCUUUUGACUGUGCUAGGAAUAGAUAUGAGGGAAAGCUGUAAACAGAUGUGACAUUAUAUGCGUAUAUACGAAAUAUAGUUAACUCAAAACGUUCAACACAACUAAAUCCUGCACAAGAGAGAUGUCAUAAAUGUUAAAAAAAGGGAUUUCAAUAAAAGAAAGUGAUGUAACAAACAAUAAUAAUGGAAGCCGUUUU